UCUAUACUGCAUUGUCGGAACUGAGUCUCUUGAUUCCCUGAACCUUGUAUCAGAAAUGGACCAAAUUGAGCACAAGUACGUAACCGUCCAAGGCCUUAAGCUCCACGUCGUCGACAUCGGAACAGGUCCCAACGUGGUCGUGUUCCUGCAUGGCUUCCCAGAGAUAUGGUACUCAUGGCGCCACCAGAUGAUCGCUGUAGCCAACGCCGGGUUCCGGUCUAUUGCGCCGGACUACCGGGGUUACGGACUUUCCGACCUUCCACCCGAACCCGAGAAGACCUCCUCCCAUGACCUCAUCAAUGAUAUCCUUGGAAUUCUUGAUGCUCUUGCUAUCCCUAAGGUCUUCCUUGUCGGAAAGGAUUUUCGACCGGCAUACUUAUUCGCCCUUCUGCACCCAGAAAAGGUGUUGGGAGUUGUAACAAUUGGAGUUCCAUACAGGCCACCAUCAACUAGUUCUCCAUACAAUAAAGACCUCCCUGAAGGUUUCUACAUUAACAGAUGGCGAGAACCUGGCAGGGCUGAAGCUGAUUUUGGACGCUUUGAUGCAAAAACAGUUGUUCGAAAUGUUUACAUCCUUUUCUCAAGAAGUGAAUUACCAAUAGCUGCAGAAAACCAAGAGAUCAUGGACUUGGUGGACUCGUCGACACCUCUUCCCCCUUGGUUCACUGAGGAAGAUCUUGAAGCGUAUGGAAAUUUGUACGAAAAAUCGGGUUUCCGAACUGCUUUGCAAAUGCCAUAUAGGGCAUCCACACACGAUUUGGGGGGCACAACUGACUCAAUCGUUAGAGUUCCAGUGCUAUUUAUAAUGGGAAACAAUGAUUGCCUGCUGAAAUUUCCAGGGAUAGAACAUUACAUAAACAGUGGAAAGUUGAGUGACUUUGUACCUGAUUUGGAGAUUGUAUCUCUGCCGGAAGGUACACAUUUUGUUCAAGAACAAUCACCUGCACAGGUUAAUGAGCUCAUCCUCACCUUCCUCGGAAAGCACAUUUGAUCCCUCAUCCUUGUACGUUGAUUAACAGAGAUGAAGUUUGACUAUCUUAGUAUGUAAUUUUGUACAAUCGAAUUAGGCAGUUUUGUAAUCAAUAAAUGGCUUAUAGUCAUA